AUGACGUCUUGGUAUAAUCAAAAAGAAAGAAGAGCAUGCCCAGAUGGGGCAAUACGCCAGUACAAACUGCGCUCGCCAAAAUGGCAGUUUCUAAAAAUGGUGAGUCCGAUGCCAAGAUAUAAGCGCCUUUACGUGUCUGAAAUUUGGUUUAGUGUGUUUCGUGGUGGAUCGCCGAGUCCCAUCCAGCAACACGCCCAGAAACACGCCUGGCAAACCGGGAUCAUGGCGAAGUUGGCUAUGUGGACAGUAAGAUUGUGGUAUUUCUUGGCCGAGAAUCCUUGGCUGAUCUCGAGUUGUGUUCUUCUCUUGUUUACAAAACGUUUUGAAUAA